GAAUGUGAUUUCAAAUAUUUGUGUCCGUUACCAAACAUUCGUUUACGAGCAACCGGCGACAGUAGAAGUUGUUGGAUGCGUUGGAAAUUCAAUUGAUAAAUAUAUUUAAUAGUUUUAAUUUUUUUUAUGUUUUAUUUAUUAGUUUUAAUUAUUAACUCUUGCUCAUAAGUGCUGGUUCACUAUGUCUAAGGAGGAAGCAGAAACACUUAUCCCAACUGUGAUACACGAUGAUAAUACAGGAAAAAGUUACAUCAAAGGUCGUUUCUUUGGAAAGGGCGGCUUUGCUAAAUGCUAUGAACUUAAAGAUGUCAAGACACAAAAAAUAUACGCUGGAAAAAUAGUCCCAAGGACAUCAUUGGUCAAAACCAGCCAGCGAGAAAAAAUGUCCCAGGAAAUUGAAAUACAUCGGAGUCUAGAUCACCCAAAUGUUGUUGGCUUUUAUGGAUAUUUUAAUGAUACUUAUAAUAUUUAUAUCAUUUUGGAGUUAUGUCGUAAAAGAUCAAUGAUGGAAUUACAUAAACGCAGAAAAGCCUUGACAGAAUGGGAAACUCGUUACUUUAUGAAGCAAAUUCUCGAUGGUGUUAAUUAUCUGCAUAAUAAAAAAAUAAUCCACCGUGAUUUAAAACUGGGUAAUUUAUUUCUCAAUGAUGAUCUAAUAGUUAAAAUUGGUGAUUUCGGACUUGCAACCCAAGUAUCACAUGAUGGUGAACGUAAAAAAACCCUUUGUGGUACUCCUAAUUACAUAGCACCAGAAAUUUUGAUGAAAGUUGGUCAUUCAUUUGAAGUUGAUGUCUGGAGCAUUGGAUGUAUAUUGUAUACCUUACUUGUUGGAAGACCACCAUUUGAAACAUCUAGUUUACGUGAGACUUAUGCAAGAAUUAAAACAGUCAACUAUAAAACUCCAACGCAAUUAAGUAGCGAUGCUGUAGUUAUGAUAACAGAAUCUCUUCAGGCACUUCCAUCAAAACGUCCUAGUGUUGCUAAGCUACUUAAAUAUCCAUUCCUAACAUCUGGAUAUCUUCCUAAAAGUCUUCCGUUGUCUUGCUUGACUACUGCACCUCGUAUGGACACUCUGCAGAACUUUAAUCGAAAACCUUUGAUUGAACUUCAAACAGGAAAACUUAUACCUGCUCCAACUAGUCCAGCAUCUAAAGCACCCAAAGAGUCUGAGAUCAUGGUUUAUCAUACUUCUGAGAAGGAUGUGAAAAAGAUGUUGAUAACUUUGUAUGAACAAAUUACUCAGGUAUUGAAAUCAAGACCUGGACGAAUUAAAUCAACUACUAGUGAAGAUGAUUUUGUUGAAAAUACUGAUCCAUCAGCACAACCACUUGUUUGGAUUAGUAAAUGGGUUGAUUAUUCAGAUAAAUACGGCUUUGGGUAUCAAUUGUGUGAUGAUAGUGUUGGAGUUAUGUUUAAUGAUGGCACAAGACUUAUCAUGUUUGCUAAUAAGCAUAAUGUUCAUUAUAUUUCACGUGAUCUUACUGAAACUUAUUAUACUGUCAAUGAUUAUCCAUCGACUCUCGAGAAAAAAAUGAAAUUGAUGAACUUUUUCUUGCAAUAUAUGAAUGAACAUUUGAUGAAAGCUGGCGGGUCUGUGGCUGUUAAAAAUACUGACUCAAUGUCUAGGAUCCCGUAUGUUCAUCAAUGGUUUAGGACACAGACUGCUGUUGUUAUGCAAUUGAAUAAUGGAUCUGUUCAGAUCAACUUUUUAGAUCACACAAAAAUAAUAAUGUGUCCAUUGAUGGCUGCUGUUACUUAUAUCGACGUUGAACGGAAUUUCCUUACAUACAAAUUUGAAUCAAUUCAACAGAAUGGAUGUCCUUUUGGUCUUGAAAAGAAUUUGGAAUAUGCACAUGAGAAGAUGAAAUUAAUGAUUCAAGAUUCAGAACCGGAUGAAUGAAUAGUGUAAGUCAAUAGUAAAUUAUUUAUCAAAAUUAAUAAAAAAAAAAAUAUUAAAAAAAAAAAA